GGACCGGCUUGUAGGCAGUCGUACGCGUUUCAGUGCGAACCAAACGUCCGACGUGAUAACAACAACGAAAGUAUAUAAAAAAAACGUCUGUGCAAGAGCCGACGUCGCGACUAGAGCUACGACCAAAUCCUUCCUCGAAAAUUGAUUCUCCGACCACUCACUCAGGGCAGGACGGCUCUCACACCCACGUGUUCUUAAUAAACGCUUCCAUCUGUGGCAGUCGUGAGCCGACGAUGAGUUUUGCUAAUAAAGUGCGGGAUCGCUGUUAAUGUUGCGUUCAGUUCAGUUCAGUUCAACACAAUGCAACCAAUGCCGUUAUAAUUAAUCUCGAUCGCAUCUCGAUUAGUUCAUCGUACUAACCCAGCAUUACUCGACACGGAAAAUUGCAACGAUUCAGAUUGUUUUAUGUUGUAGUGCAGUGAUACAAUAAAGCUGAUAAACUGUACAAAUUUGCAGGUAGAGAUUUUUCAUAGAAAUACGGACAAUAACAAAAUAGAACGCGGAGGUGCAUCGUCCAAAGAAAGUCGACCUCGAAACAAAGUUCGUAGAGGAAAGUUUUCACAAACGGUUGGCUGAAUACCCAACAAACGGACGGGAUGACGGCUCAAGAGAAAGCCACUGUUUUGGGUGUAGUGUAAUAAAAAUCGUUAAUCAAGCAAACGACGACAAAAGAAGAAGAAGCAAAAGUCACGCCAAAGUGCUCGGCUUUAUACAUAUGUGCUGUUGAAUGUCGAUAGACAAAAUUUUAAAUGCUGCGAUUUUAAAUUAACUGUUUACGUGAUAGCGUUUCGUGUGUGGAAGAAAAUAAUGACUUAAAUAUGGACUUGCUAAAUUGCUUAUGAAAAACGUGUGUGUGAGCGAAACGUUGCUAAUUAAAAACCUUCUCAUCUGUUCUUAUGAAGGCGCGAGUUCUUGAGGGACCCCGGGAGAUUUUUUUUAUGAGUAGCAUCCACCACUUGUCGGUAACUAACGGGAACAAAACCGGGAAAGUGAGAUUGGCAGUGGCGGAUCUGCCGUCUCGUGGUUGAGUGCAACGGGCUGAUUCGUUUCGCACAAUUCUUUGCCUGUCUAGCUGAAAUAUUUGCAAUGGAAAAGCAAACUGUUGUACUAACCACAGCGCUUCUUCUGCUUGUUAUAGAAAUCAACACUGCCCUUGGUAUAAAAUGCUUCCGGUGUACAGUAGCACCACCAAAUCGGUACGCCAAUAACACAAAAACUCAGCUGUGUUCCAGAUUCGAUCACUCCAACUACUACACAGUUGAUUGUCCUUGGUCAACGAUGUGCGUGAAGAGGGUCUUUAAGCUCCAGCUGCUUAAAGCAGAACAGGAAACUGUGAGCCGUGACUGUGCUCAACAGAAAAAUACUGAGCAGAUCUACAAAAACGGCAACUGGACCAAGGAACAUCACAUAGAGGAACCUUAUCAGGAAGGAUGUCAAACGAUAGACGAUUCCACGUAUUGCUUUUGUCGGGGUUCCCUGUGUAACUCGGCCACGAAAGUCGAAAAGAACAGCUACCACACGGAUGCUAUGGCUGUUAUUUUCGUAUUUAACGUGAUGAAAUAUAUACGUAAUAUCGACUAUUGACGCAAUAGGAGCCUUAAAGGCAAAAGUUAUAAUAAGCCAUUAGCUUUUAGUUUAGUUAGCUGUUUUGGAAUUUAUUUACCUUCAUUAAUAAUUAGUUGAUAGGCCAAAAACAUAUUCAGAAAAAAAAAUAAACGCUUAUUUCUUAUGCAUUCGUUGCAAAAGAAGACAGGUUUUUCCAUGCUCUAGGGUAUAAAGUGUUAAAUUAUAUUGAAUUACGGUGGCCUCUCUCGUUCCUGCCGUUAAGUUAUUGUUAUUAGAUUUUGCUAAUGUAUUUCGUCUUAUAUGUUGUGAUAUUUGACUGUAGAAUUAUUAUACAAAA